GAAUACAUCUACUUUAAAGACAGAUUACAAUGAAGCAAUUAUUCAUAGAACAAGAUGGAUUCUUCUGGUUGAUGAUUUCCCUCUUCUCCUAAAGAAUAUCACAACAGCAUUAAUAAGUACAUAUUCUUUGCUACUAAUAUCUUUUUACAUAGAAAUCCAGAAGAGGUUAGUUAACUGAUAUAUGGCUGCUUUGCAAAACUUCACCCAUUCUCUGGAAGAGACUUUCAAGAAGAUUUUCAUUGACUAUAUGAACAAUUGGCACAGAAAUACCACAAUGGAACAAAAGGUUUUGCAAGAUCGAGUUGAUGCUGAAAAUUUAGAUUAUGUAAUUUUGUAUCUUAUGGUAAUGAUUGGAAUCUUCUCUUUUAUUAUUGUGGCAAUUUUAAUAAGCACAGUGAAAUCAAAGAGACAAGAGCAUUCCAAUGACCCUUAUCAUCAGUAUAUUGUGGAUGACUGGAGCGAAAAGCUAAAAAACCAGAUUCUUUUCCAAGAUGAUCUUAAAGCCAUUGUCCAUGAAAAUUGUGGAGCGAAGGGCAAAUGUAAUCCAUAAUCACCAAAAACUGAAUUAAGUAUUGAGUAACUGGGAUCCCUAAUUUAAUGGCUUUAAAAUGAGUAUGCUAGAACUUGUAUUCUAUACAUAAUUAUAGGAUAUUCAAUUAUGUUAAUUAUUAAGAUUCAAUAUCUAAUUAUUAAGAUUCAAUAUCUAGGCAGAGCAUCAAAACAAAGCUUUCUAGACAUCUUCAUCAGCUCAAGAAAUUACAAAGUGGGUUAAAUUAGGGAAGCUAGUUUACAUUCUGAAAUUCUAGGCACUCUUUUAAGAAUUUUUACAAGAUUGAGUGAUUAAAUGAAGAUUCUUCAAAGAAAUUAUAACAAAUUAUAAAAAUACAUUGACUGCUUUGUUGAAGAAAACGGGUGAUUCUACCCAGACACCAUGAUAUUCUUUUUAGAGGGAUUUUUAAUCUUCACCACCAUCACCACCACUCUAUUUUUCUGUCUGUGUGCUUCAACUACCCUGCCAAUAGAAGAAACCAGAGGACCAAAACUCUGUCAUCUCCAACUCUGUCCUUCUUCAUGAAGCUGUAAGUGAACCCUUCCUGCUCAGUAAAACCCUUGGAAUCUGCCACCCAGGAAGAGAGAAAAAAACUGCAAUAAUUAUCUUUGGGUCUCUAGACUAAAAGACUGGCAAUUUGAGAGGCAAGAAGCAUGUAAUGGAGUGAGCUCCUGUUCUUGCCCAAGCUCCUGACAAGCUAACAAUUCAAAAGCUUACCAAUGCUAGUAGAUAAAUAGGUAUCACUUCAAUGGGGCAGUAACAAAUCCCGUGCACCUUGGCUUAUAGUCAUGCUGGUCACAUGACUAUGGAAAUGACUUUGGAAAAUGCUGGCUCCUUUGGCUAGGAAACGAAGAUGGGCACCACCCCUUAGAGUCAGAAUCAAUUGGACAGGGGAAACCUUUACCUUAUUGAUUUUAUGAAAUGGAUAUCAGAGCUUCUUCUGUGAAUCAGAUGAAAAACACAGUAAGAUGAAUCAAUAGGAUUUCACCCUUUACUAAGGAACUUAUUAAUAGAAUAUCUGAAAGUUUUGUUUUAUAUAACCUAAAAUUACAGUUCUUUUAUGACUGUAUGACUUUUAUGACAUUCAGUCUACUUAAAAUCCAUUAACACUGUGAGUUGUAGCUGUUAUAUGAUAAUCUGAUACUUUUAAAUGUAUAAAGGUUAUUACUAUAUAUAGUAGAGCUUUUUGUUUAGAGGCUUCUUAUCUUUCAGUAGUCUACACAGUGAUUAAUUAUACUUUGCUUAAUAAAUAAAGUUUCUCAAUGCAAAGAAAGAAAAAA